AUGGAAGCGUGCAGUGGCAAUUCUAAACCAAUCAAAAAUGUUAAUAACCUCGACUAUUUGUUUCGAAAAAGUUCGUGGUGCGUGAAAAACAAUCUCGUCAAUCGGCUUAAAAUAUGCAUGUUCAUCGAAAAUAUAAUAAGAUUGUCCGCCAAUAGUUUCGUAAGCCACAUUCAUAUUAAAUAUUAUAUGAUCAGGUCGACAGAGGGCCGAAAUUAAUAUAAAUAAUAUUGUAUAAUACUGACAUAUUCUGAUAUUCGUGACAAUUGAUAAGUCUGACAGGCGAAUACGUGAGAUGCUAUUUUAACAUUUACUGGGAAAACUUCUGAGAAAAUCAUAAAAUGACCUCGUUAAAGUACUUCCCUAGUGAAAUUUUCUUUUAGAAACAUUGCUAUCAUAAAAAUUUGAGUGAAAUUGCUGGUUAAAAAGUUGUACACAGGAAACAAAAAUAGUAAUAUAUUAAGUACAUUUUCCCUUUUUUUUCGGUUUUUAAAUUUUAUGAGAAAAAUCGAAAAAUGACCUCCUUAAAAAAGUACCACUCCCCCUUCCUUUUAGAAAAGGUGCUAUACUUAGAAAUCUGAGCAAGUUUUAUUGUAGAAGAGUUGUUAACAGAUAAAAAAAAAAAAAAAAACAUCUUUGUAAAACCAUAAAACUUCUUCGCUUCACUCAAAAUCUAAAAUAUAUCCAUAUUAUAUUUAUGGAUAAAUUUCGUAUUAUAGGUUAUACCUAUUAUUAUAAUCCAUUAUAUUUUGUUAUUAUAUUAUGAUAAUAUAGUCGCUCGAACAUUUAUUCUACGCAAACGAUUUAAUCGAAUAUUUAUCGGAAAACUUUGCGUCCGAACCGAAGUACGUGUAUUAUCUGAAAAGGAUGUUGGUCCUGUGCUUGAUGCCACCCACCGUAAAAAACAUUACGCAAUGUUCGAAUAACUUAUCGACGUUAACGCGAUUCUACGACAUAAUGGGUAAUAUUCAUUCGUGAUAUCAUAAACUUAAAGCUAUAUAUUUGAAUAUUUUCGACGUGACAUCACGUUGCACUUACACAAAACACGUAACGAACAAUAGUAAUUGUAAUAAUUAUAGACGCAACUAGACUACGAAUUUUGGCGGUGCCGAAAUUAUGGAUACAUCAAAACCCCCCCAGGAGGGGGGCUAUGCCUUUACACUAUUCUUACAAAAAGCGAUUACGUAUUUCAUUUAAAAUUUUGUAUAUAGAAAUUUAUCAUAACCAUUAUGACAUUAUUUUUCAUAUAAUUACAUGGAUCUGUAGGAAAUCCGUAGUUUGUUUUGCUCUUUAAUUAUGAAAUACGUGGAUAAAAUAAUUAGUCAUAACAAUGAAAACGCUUAUUGGGUUAAUUUUCGGGGGCUAAAGACCCCCUAGCAUCGCUCUAGUUUCGCUUAUGGUAAUGAUUAUUUCAAUUUUAAAAGGCAAAUGCAUCGAGUCGGUCCGUGACCACACUGAGCUCUGUAUGAUUGCGUUCAGCGUAGUCCAAUCGUCUGUGCUCAGACGUCAACACGUACCCGAAAACUCGGUUAGCUUACCGUGCUGUUACGAAGCGUUGGAAAAUAGCGAUUUACCGGUGACUCUGAUGCAGUGUAUCGGCCAUCACGAUCGCAACAGUCAAACUUUUCUCGAUGACCUGUUGAAACUAUCGUAUAACAUCGCAGUCGUGUCCGACCGAUCGGGUAAAACAACGGCUAUAAUUAUUAUUACAGUAUACCGUUGAAAUAUUGAUUCCCCCGCCCCCAUAUUUUUUUAAUACUGUUCAAUUAUUUCCCUCAAAUUCUAAAUCAUUUUCAAACAUCGACAAACGAUAUAUAAUAUGUAUGUCGUAAGCAUAUAGACGAUAUAGUCAAAUCAGGCAGUUAACUAAAUGCCUAGGCCAAUAGUCGAAGAAUUUAAUUUGUGCGUGAUUUUACUAUUCACCUAGACUUUUAGUUGAUUGCCUAUUUCAAAUCGUGCAAAUAAUUAAUAGGAAACGUUUCUAUUAUUUUAAAAGUUAAACUGUAUUUUCUUAUUUAUUUAUUGCUUAUAUAUGUAAAAAUAAUCUAUAAUUAAUAGAUAUGUAAAAUACGUAGAUACAUAAAAUAUUUUUAAUUUCGUGCCCUUAGAUACUAUUGUUUCGAAACUUGAACUAUAAAUAAUAUAAAUAUAAUUACUAAUUACUAAUUAUAUAUGGUAUGAGUACAAAAUAUGAAUAAAAUAUUUUUAGUUUUUAGUUACUACUUGUUGUUACAUGUUAUUUUGUGAAGGUUUUUGCUGGAACACUUAACAAUUUUUUUUUGGCAUUGCCGCGCUCUUGCUUGACAGUGAAAUUUAACAAAAUAUUGUCCGUUGAAAUUUGUUAAGUUUGCUACAGCUUCACGUAUGGAUACAAAUCUUUGAAUAACUUGCUACCUUCUAAACCAUUAUUUGAAAUUUAAACAAUGUAUGCAAUUUUAUUUUAAACAAUGUAUGUUUAUGUUACUUUUCAAAGGUAAAAACCUGUGUAUGGAAGUCAUAAUUUUAUAUCGUUGGAAUAAAUAAUUAAUUAGAAAAUAUAGUUGAAUUUUUAAAAUAAUAUAAAAACGCUUUAUUUUUAUUGUUUGCCUAACUUGAAAUAGACGUUUAAUUAAACAUCCAGGCAUAUUUAAUUAAAUUACUUCACUGACCGUGGAAUCUUUCGGACCGAUUACUUUCAAUAGAGCCGUAAAAUACGUUCUUGCGCGUACACUAUAACCGUAUUAUAGUGUUUUCAUCGCCCGCGCAAAUAAUUAACAAAAUAUUCGUAAUACGUUCAAGUAUUUCGUCGGUACAUGACCGUACAUAAACCGUUGUCGUAUAGCUCUGCGCAUGAUGCUGUCGGAUGGCGUCCGAACACUCGUCGACGUGCUGGACCCGAAUCUACUAUUGGCGCCCGCCAACAGUUACGAACGUUUAACUGCGAGCGAAUUCGUUAUCAUGCUGUUGGACCAGAUGUUCUCUGCGUGGCGAAAACGAGGAGCCGAUUCCGAACCACCGCCGCGGGUUACCCGGAAAACUCUGGAGUGGGUUUAAAAUAUUAAAAUAUAUUAUAAUUGACGAGCAUGAACGCAAUACAGUUGAAAACGAUUUGCGUGUACGGUUUACAGGAUCUUGCUUUACAAUAUAAAAAUCGAAACUAAAAAAAACGGUAAAAUGAGAACUGAUUAUUGUUACGCGCUCGGCGAGAUCGUAGACAAUUGUUCCAUCGACGAGCACGAAUUUUCGGACGAAAUAAUCACGGGUACGAUACGAAAAGAAAAUCGUUUUUAAAACGUACAAGUCGGUAGCCAGGUGUAAUACCGACUACCACGGUACCUAUAUGUGUAAUGCAACUGUCGUUAUUUUCUUUCUCCCAACACAGAUAUGGUCAUGUUGUGCGUUUGGCCAGAAAUCAAAUUGUCUUCGCAUUGGCUGCACGACGUCCGGUUUUAUUUCAUAAACGAAAGCUUUAUAAUGAAAAAAAUUAUGUUGGAAAUUGUCAACAAAGUGUUCGUAAACAUGUCGUCCAAAUUGAAUGUAAGUAAUAACACAGUUAAAACUUAAGGGUCUGGAUCACUAAACUGUAUUUCUGUGUCUGUGUGCGUGCAGUUUCAACAUAUGAACACGCUUCUGAUAAAAGACUUUAUGAUGCUGUCGAACGUCGAGUACACUGAAAAAACUUACGGAGAAAACGUGCGCGUCAUUUUAAACCUACUGUUGUCAAACUUGCCGUAUUUACUGAUAAACUCCGUCGACGAUUCAGUAAAAAUCAAUUGCUGCAAACAGUUGAGUACUUACGUGUAUAAUAUCGUUUAUUUUGACGUGCCCUACAUUAUAUGAGUACCUAUUAUAUUAUAAUAUGUAGGUUAGGUUGGUCCACCCACCUUCAGACGCUUAUACAAGAAUGGGCCAUGGGAGCGAUGGUCCCCCCCCAAAUGUCACGAAAAUAAAUUUAAUUAUUAUAUUAAUAUAAUGAUAUUUUUUUUAUAGAUUAGACUGUUAUUUUUAGUUUUUAUGUACAUUUAAUAGUAAUAAAUAAAUGUAUUUUUCUGCGGAUAAUUCUAUUUAUAAUUCAGUAAUUUUUAUAAUUGCGCUGACUUAGGACGUAACGGAUACCGGGCGUUGUCUCAUAUCGUAAUCUCCCGCAUUUAUAGGCCUACCGUAUAAAUAUUUUCGUUUCGUAUCAUUUUAAUCUGUUUGGUUUUAAGUUAAUAUAUUUAUAAUGAUUCAGUUAGAGAAGAUUUCUUCAUGUUUGUCGAUGCUUUUGAUUGAAGUUUCGGUUUUACUAGAGGAAUCUGAAGAUAAAGAGGAAAGUGGAAAAAAUGGUGAAAAGAAAAAAGAAUAUUCAAUAACUGGAGAUGUACUAGGUAAAAUUAUUGUCAAGCAAAUAAAUAGUACUGGUCUUGAUUUGAAAAAAUGUGUGGGUUUAGAAACUGAUGGAUGCAGCGUAAUGGAAUACGAACUUCGUGGAGUUGUUAGUGAAAUCAUUAAAGUAGGAUCUAAUGCCCGCAGGUACCUCUGUUAUAAUCAUUCGCUAAAUAAUUUCAUAUCACAAUGUGUCAAAAGUAUCAUUUUUUUCUAGCAUCAGCUAAAUGAACAGUUGUUUUAAGAAAGUAUGUUGGGCAUCAGUUGAUUGGCUUAUGCGAAACGAGAUAGGUCGAGGGACACGAAGGAGUAAUGAGUUUUAUGCAAGAUAUGCAUAUAAUUAUUGAUGCAUUAUUAGAAAUUUGGAGAGACUUGCAUACUUCUGGAAAAGCUUAAUCCCCAUUAAUAAUUUUAUGUGACAGUGAAAUUAUUGUUUAUCUUUGUAGUCUCUCUCAUAUGCUUAGCUACUCAUUUCCACUAAGUAAAUGUUUUCAAAAAUUGCUCUAUUGGUUUACAAGUAGCAACCAAUAUAAUGAAAGACACACUAAAUAUUCUGUCAGAAUGCCGAGAAAAUGUUUCUACUCAGUUUACAGAAAUUUAUAAAUCGUCUGAGGGUAUGGCUAAAACUCAAAAAGUUGAUUUGAAAAUUCCAAGGAAUUGUUCAAGGCAAACGAAUCGUGCAAAUUAUCCAACCAAUAAUACUGAAGAAUAUUAUAAAUUAUCCUUAAUUAUUUCAUUAUUAGAUAAUGUUAUUAAUGAUUUAAAAGCAUGUUGUUCACAAAAAAAUACUUGAAUGCAUCAACCUUUCAUACAUACUUUCUGACAAGUUUAUAAAAUAAAAUACAGCUUAAUAUUCAUUAAAAAUAAAUCAGACAUUAUUAUUAAAGCGUUAGCAGACAAUUUUAAACCACUUCUUUCAAAGGUAUGGUAUUUACUUUAUUACGUUACGAGUUCACGGAAAUAAAAAUGGAACCGUGAAAAACUUGAUGACAUUUCGGUAAAUUCCAUGUGUGUUACGGAAAUACUUGCAAAUUGUGACGAAAACAUAUUUCCGUUAAUCAAUCGUCUUGUGACAAUUUUGACAACUCUUCCAAUAAGCAAUGCAAGUGCUGAGAGAACAUUUACCGUACUACGAAGACUCAAAACAUGGCUGAGAUCACCUAUGUCAGAAACCAGAUUAACUGGACUUGUUUUUUUAAAUAUUCAUCGUGAUAUUGACGUAGACGUCAUUAAAGUUAAUGAUAGGUUUUCAAAAACCAAAAAAAGAAAAAAUUAGAUUUUUCUUUAUAUUUUAUUUAAAUUAAUAUUUCUUAAUUGUUUUUACUAAUUUAUUGAACGUGUUCUUUUCAAUGUGCCUACCUAGUUUUUUUUUAAUUUUUAGGUGAAGGUUUAUUCCUUUACAAUCUUAGGAAAUAUUUAUGGUUAAUACUUGUAAUAUGUGGAAUUAUUGAAUUUUAUAUAUUAUAUUAUAUCCACAGUAUAAAAUGUCCCCUCCUAAUAAUUACUCUGGAUCCACGCCUAUCUUUAUUGAUUACCAUUGAAAUACUUUAAAUUUAUCGAUUUUCGAUAAGGGGGAUAGGCCAAUUUCACGGACAUCUAAUAACUGUAUAUUGUUAUGGCAGUAUUACAUACUAAUUAUACAGGCCCGUGCGUAAGGAGGGGCGGCGGUUUAAACCCCUCCCAUUGACUUUUUUUUGCAUUUAUAAAUUAUUGACGGAUUAAGGUAUUGACUUAAUCAAAUAUAAAGCGAGUUUAAUUCUGAAAAAUUCUAGUAGCGUUGUGAACGGAAAAUUAUAAAAUGUAUUGUGCUUAGAUUCAUUUAAUACGGUUUUUUCGUAAUUCCAUCCAUUCCUCCCCGUGAAAAAUCCAGUGCAUAGGCUCGGCUAUAGAUUUUAUUUUGUCAAACGUUGUCUAUAUUUCAUUUGAUUUUACACGCGUACCCGGUGCAACGCUACAGAUUGAUAACUUGGAUCAAGUCGUCGCAGACGUCGUGCAGUCAAGAACGUUUUUCCGACACAAUGGCCAACGUUUUGAUUUGCAUCGGGAUUGUUUUGAAUGAUAGUUACGAUAUGCUCCAAAAGUUCAGGGCCCUCAAAGCGGACGUUUUGAUCAUUUGUACGUGACCCCACUCUCUGUGGGAUUAUCCGAAUAACCUAUUAUUAUAUAAUAUAACACGCAAUAAUCGUAGACGUGCGCACAGGGUGUGCCAGGCAGGACCUUACUUAUGAUUUUGACGCCCAUGGGUAACAUUUUGCGCCUCUGACUUUGCUUAUGAUUCAUUUUAUAACUACUUAACUAGUUAUAGUAAUUAUAGGGAUUUGUGGUAUCUAAUAUAGUAUUUAGAUAAAAAACAAGCGAUUUAAAAAUUUAAUCCUAGAUGGACAUAAUUCGGACGUGGGUGGGAAGCUGAGAAUGUAGGAUACAGACGGGAAUUUAAUGUAUGACUGUAAGUAUCGAAAAAUAAUUCUGAACAGAGUCAAGUUGAUAGUGAUGCUUUGUCAAAAAUGUGUCAUAUUAUGGCGAAAUAAUUAAAUAGGCAUUAUAUAUCUUCUUUCGGGAACUGUGUGCAAUUUGGGUAAUGCUUCUUAACCUUACAAUGCUCUUAAAGCUACAUUGACAUAUGGAAAAAAUACGGACAUACUUUGCACGAUGGGUGCAGCCAUUAUUGUUGGUGAGAAGUUGGGAAUGUAGGAUAUAGAGGGGAAAUUAAUUUGUAUCUGUAAGCAACAAUAAACCGUUGUUUACUAAAAACGAUUCUGAGUGGAGUGAACUGCAAGUGAACUGAAGUUGAUAGUGAUGCUUUGUCAAUAAUAUGUAUGUCAUAUUGUGGUAAAAUAAUUAAAUAGAUAUUAUUACGCAUUUUCUUUAAUAAUAUUUGUUUAAUAUUGUACCGAUUUUCCUUUUUUUCUACGUUUUUCCCGGUUUUCCCAUGUUUUUUUUCCGGUUUUCCACAUUUAUUGAGAAACACCUGGGAAAAUCGAAAAAUUAUCUCUUUAAAAUAUCUUCCCAAUCAGAUUUCCUUUCAGAAGUUCGGGUUGGAGGUGAGUGGUGGUGCAUUAUCAACUCGCUGCGUGCCGUACCGCCACACAAAUGAUACUCCACUACUCUUCUCCAACUCAACACCAAAAUGCAUGUAAACUAUUUAUGUAUCCAUGUAUUUAUGUAAUUUUCAAUAUAGGUUGCCAUUUGAAAAUUCAGUCGCGUUUUACAUUUUGACUGUGAUAUACCUGAUGAUGAUUUUUUAAUUCGAAACCGGUUGUAUAAAACUCCAGGUGACGCAUUAAUUAAUUAAUUUUAUUUUUAUGUAUUCAUGUUUCUUUUACUAUAUUCAUAAUUAAAUGCUAACUCAUACUAACCCAUCAAACCAACUGGUAACCACUAACUGUGAUAUUGCUGAGCAUUGCAUUGGAUUCAAGAUUUAUCGUAAUAUUAAUGAUAUUAGGUAUUAAGUUUUUAAAAUUGAUAGUGAUGUAAUAAUUUAUUAUAACGAUUUUAGCUGUGCGUGUAACCCUAGUAUAGUUAGGUAUUACCGGGUAUUAAACAUAUUGGGUAAUUUGUAUCGUGGUUAUCUAUACGUUGAGAUAAUAUGUAAUAACAUUUCCGUGAAACCCGUAGUAUUAUAGUAAACAAAUGUUAUGAUUUUUAUUAUGAAUUGAUAUUUUGCGUUCUGUAUCUGAUUUCUUUUUAGAGGGGCGAGGGGGGGGGUUAUAAGGCACACUCGGGGGAUAACGGUCCAUUUUCUGUGUGGUGUUUGCAGCAAAAAUUUCUGCGCACGUCUAUACGGCAUUUAACCGUGUAAGUAGUAGAGGCAUACGUGUUUUGUUUCGGUGCAGCCGUCGUAUCGGAUACGUUAAAUGCUGACGAUCGCGCUUUCCGAACCGUAGGGCUGUGCGGGCUGUACGCGCUGAACAUAUUUUACCGAGAAAACCAACAAAACUCGGAGACGCAUACGACCGUUUUCAACACGGUAAUGCGGACGGUCAAGUUGUAUUUCACCGACGAGGUGGACGGCGAAAAAUUCGACCAAAGGUAAUAUUAAAAUAAUUGUUUUUACUGAAGAAACGAACGUACGGAAUAACAUUGGUGAAAUCGGUGUCCGCAGCGUCCUGUUGGACGUAUUGCAUUUCAUUAAGAAUACGAUAAUCCGUCAACGCGAUCAAGUGGAACACUUCGUCGCGGCCGGAGGGGUCGAAAACUUACUGAACCUUUUGGCCGUAAGACCCGCGAUGUACUAUUACUACUACUUUUAUUAUUAUUAUUGUUAUUAUUAUUAUUGUUAUUAUUGUUAUUAUUGUUAUUAUUAUUAUUGAUGCGCUGUCGCCGAAUGUAUAGUAUAUAAGUGGGCCGUAAACGAAACCCAACCGAAUAUAUUGUCUAACGGUUUUUAAUUGUUUACAUUUAAAAUCGACAUCGAUCGAUUUUGAAUAUCAAUCCGAAAAUCGUCAUCGUUGGAUUUCGAAUACUUGAGCUGUGUCCUUAUUGUUUGCACGUUUUCACUCGCUCGCAAUCGUGCGACGACGAAAAAUGAAAAUAACCAUACAAUCUCUGUAUAACAUGGCAUGACGCGCGCCUUGACCAAUCGUAUCCGUUUUCCAAACGCUGUUUACGCUACGAAUUGUUUUUCAGAAAGUAAAAUAUCCCGUGCAGCUGGUAAUACUCGGGAUGUUGGUCGAUCUGACCGGGUACCAGUUGGCCAAACGUCGCGUUGAAAAAUGGAAGUCCGCUAAAACGGGCGACGGUUAUGUGGAACUCGCGUGCGAUAUUUGGCGCAGCGAAAAAAUCCGAUUCGAAUUUUUAGGUAUAUACAUCGUACAAUGUACUCGUACAACAUAUUUCGGUUGGGGUACUUUUUUUGAAUUAUAGAACGCAAUGUUUCAGACGACGAGUACAUUUUCCGGGAGCAACGCGAGCAGACAACCGCGGAAAACCUGUUGGCCGACCGCAGCCCGGCCGUGGAGUCGAUGUACCUGUGCGCCCAGCCGAAGAUCUACGCGCUCUUGAGAUCCGUGGGGUUUUCGGACGACGACGGCGGCAGUGCGGACGACCGCGACGUCAACGAAAACACCGUCAGGGCUUGCGGUCUGGCCACAAACUUCUGGGACAAGGCCACGGUGGCGCACAUUUAUCACUACUAUUCGCUGAAAUUAGGUGAGGUAUGGAACGAAAACGACAUGGUGUCACGCGAACCGGACCGCGUGCCGAUGUCUGCCGUCGAGACCGAGUCGGUCGACAUUAUGACUAUCCGACACGCGUACCUGAUCGCCUUGCUCAAAAUGAUCAAGAACCGCGUGCACGAUGCCAAUUCGGGUGCAGGCCGAUCGGUGCGUACAUUUUAA